UGAGUUUAUUCUCCAUCUCCAGGUUUAUUUCUUCGGAGAUCAGCCAUCCAGAAAGCUGAUUUAACGAAAUAUUGGUAUUGUUCAUGCGAAUGUUUUGCUUAAAGGAUGAGUAUUCGGUGGGAAGACCACGAAUAACAGCAUUCACCACAUCACGUUCAGGGAUCUCUUCUUUCAAGGCAUCGAGAUCCGAGAGAAUAGUUGCCACAUCAUCAAGGUAUUGUGUCAUAGUUUUGGUACCUUUACGAAGAGUGUGGAGUUUGUCCCGAAGCUGAUAAACAUGAGCGGUGGACACAGAGUUGUACCGUGCGGCCAAAGCAUCCCAGAGGGCAGCAGAUGUGGUGAAGCCGCGAGCAUGUUUGUGAACGGAGGGGCUGAUGACCGCUAGGAGGCAGGCGCGGAUCUGUGUGUCAACGAUGGUCCAGGAGGUAUACUCUGGAUUAGGGACGAUUUUAUCGUUUUUGGAGAUAGUUGGCGCCGGGGCUGCUUCAUGACCAUCAAUCCAUCCAAGGAGGAGAUUAGCUGAAAGAGCUGUCUGGACAUUGAGAGACCAUGCCGGAUAAUUUGUUUCGGUGAGUUUUUCUGGGAUUAAGUUGUGGAGACUCCGAAGCAAAAGUUUUACUCCGGAGGGUAAGGACGCCAAAGGAUCCGACGGGGCUGCCAUGGUGGGCGGCGGUCGGAAAAAAGAGAGGCUAGGUAUACAUGGAGAAGAAAGUAUUCUUGUUUCUUGCCAUUCUUGUGACAAUACACUCCGAGUUUGGGCAUGGCGAGAGAAUAUUAUAUGGCCGUGCUAAAAACACAGCAUUCGGUCAGCAUAAUUUACAAACAAGCACUGCAACUAAAGAAGAAUGGGAUGAAUUAUUAUCAAUUCCGGAAGGGGACGAGGGAAGCGGCGGCGGCGGCUCCUCCAUGUAUGAUGAUGAGAUUAGAGGCGGCCUUCCGGGGCAGCCAAGCGGCGGCGGCGGGAAGCCAAUAUCCUUCAAGCAGUAUGGAGGGUAUGUGAAUGUGGACAAAAGGAAUGGGAGAAGCCUUUUCUAUUACUUUGCUGAGUCAAGAAAGGAGCCUCACACCAGACCACUGGUCCUAUGGUUGAAUGGAGGCCCCGGCUGCUCGUCCCUCGGCGCCGGCGCCUUUCUUGAGAUCGGUCCUUUUGGUGUCAAUCCCGACGCCAAUACUCUCUACGCCAGAAAGUUUGCCUGGAAUAGAGUUGCAAAUGUGUUAUUUCUGGAGUCCCCAGCUGGUGUUGGUUUCUCUUAUUCCAACACUUCCUCUGACAUUGUUGAAUCCGGAGACAAGAGGACUGCUCAAGAUUCGCUCAAGUUCUUAUUAAAUUGGUUUGAGCGAUACCCACAAUACAAGACUAGGAAUUUCUACAUUGCUGGGGAAAGCUAUGCAGGGGGCUUCAUGCCAUUUGCCUACCCGGGCAUGAUACCACCUAUCAUGAGCCAAAUGCCACCCUCGGUAUCGACCCCGUCAACAUUUGGCCCAAGAAUGGUCCCUAUACACCCAGUAAAUUUGACGGGGACCAUGAACGAAGCAGCAUCUUCAAAUGUCCAUGAAGUCGACGAGGCGGAGCAGGAGGCGGCUCACAGAAGGAAGGGUAAGGCUAUAGCUAAACCCAACAAGACCCGAGAUUUGGCGUUCAAACGCCUAGGGGACAAAGAGGAUGGGCCCCCCAAGUCUGCCAAGCUACGUCUUGGUCCUGAGAUGGGCCGGAGUAGCGCAAUGGAAAGACUUGGCGGGAGUCAUCCCGCCCAAUCUCGUCGUUCUAGGGAAUCUGAGACGAUUCACCUAGACGAGGAGGAAGCUGAAAGCCAGCCCAGAGCAUCGGCAUAUACCAGGCUCUCAUACGAUGAGGAUGACCUGGACAAAAUAGGGAGCAUAGAGAGAAAGCUACGUGCCCUAGAGGAAAAGGUAGAAGAGAAAGCGGGAGCAAAGAAGCAUACCCUGGCCAAAUCACCCUUUUCAGCCAGGGUACAUGCACAAAAAUUAAGGCGGAAGGUCAAGCUGGACAUGGAGAAAUUCACUGGAAAGGAGGAUCCAAACGUCCACCUUGACACCUUCCAUAAUAAAGCGCAAAUGGCCGGGUGUACUGAUUCUGAAGAAUGCCUACUCUUCUUCUCAUCCUUGAGAGGGAGGCCAGUGGAAUGGUUUAACAGCCUUCCACAUAGUAAGAUCAGAAGGCCACCCUCCUCUUAUCAGGAAGCCUACAAUACAGCAUGGGAGUAUGCCGAGGCGGAAGUCCUAAACAAGAGCAAGCGGGAACUGCAGGAAGGCUAUACAAAGGUGAAAAGUGAUAAGCCGAAGAAGGAUGACCAGGUGGGAGGGUCCAAGCCGAGGGCCACAUAUUAUGGGUUUGUUCAUCAAAUAAGGGAUGAGAAGAAAGGAGAACAACCCAAGCGGCCUUGGACAGAGAACUGGUUCACCUACCACCAAUCUGACUCUCACAACACAACAAAUUGCCGAAAUGUGAGGGUUGUGCUCAGGAAGAUGACCUUGAAAGGGGAAUUGGGUAAAAUAUUCGUUACGGGGCUUGAGGAAGACCCAUAAGCAAGUACUUGAAUCCACCCACAUGAAUAUGAUCAGGGAAAGAAGAGAGGGUGGAUAAGAUGUGGUCAAGAUUACUAAGCUUGCUGUAGACGGAUGAGUCUUGAUGUCUAGGACCUGGAUCGUUGCAUGGGCUGAUAGCAAAAAAAAGAGAAACCCUUG